CUGCUUUUCUACAGUUUGAGUUUAUCAGACAGGGGGCACACAAUUAAACAUGGCUAAAACCUUCCUGUAAACCCUAAAGACUGCCGAUGAUGACGCUUUCAACCCUUGCCUCCACUUAUCCAUCUCCCAAACUUCGUUCCCGUUCGAUUCCCUUUGGUAGAACAACUUCACAUCCAAUCAAAUGCUGUAAUUUCUCGACACCCCUCCUUCCGAAUAGGAAAUUGUGGUUUUCUUCGUUUGGUAGAAGAAGUCUAGGAUUCGUUGUAAAAUCAACAUCCAGUGAUGGAGAAGGAGAAGAGGUAAAGAAUUCUUCAUCAAAGGAUGUUAUUGAUGAGGCUGGAAUACAUGCGCCAGACGAGAGUACGAUGCCCGAAAGGUUUAGGUAUUUGACCAAAGAAGUUCCUGAGCCUCCUGUUAGAUGGCCUUAUUUUAUAGCACUGGCGUUCCUCGUGUAUGCCUGGAGAACAGUCUUAUGGGAACUUGAUAACUGGAAAGCGGCUGCAACAUCGAUACUUAGGUUCCUGGGAUACCUCUCAAAACUGGUAUUAGCCCUCAUUUUCCAUUUCAUAGGUGAUCCACUCACGUCCACAAUUAGAGCCAUUGAAACUACCUUUUACACCCUUCGAGCAUUUUACUCGCAAGUAGUAGCAUAUACUCCCAUUCCCGAGCUUUCAACAGUCAUCAUGCUCACAUCAGCUAUACUCGCAAUCGGUGAAGUAGCAUCUCCAAAUUCAGUAGACAACCAAUGGCAUUUGUUAACAGCCUCUGGCCUAAUUGGGUAUUUUGCUGUCAAAGGAAUGAUUGGAGGCCUUCUCUUUUGGACUCUUCUUUUCGGGUUAUAUUCUUUUUCUCGUUUCAUCCAAAAGCGAGAUUAUGUGUCCUCCGCUUUGCCUGUUGCAGCAGUGCUGGCGGGUGUAGGAGAGCCAUGGGUGAGAGUUGUAGUCUUGGGCUGUUUCUCGGCUUUGGGUGUGGUUCAGUACUCCAAGAAUCAGCCAGAAGCAGAUGAAAGUGGAAGUGAAGGGGUCACCAUGAAGGCAGGGGAGCGAAGAGUUCCAGUUCCGUUACUAUUGGCAGCAUUAGCUAUUGGCAUCCGUGUUGCCGCUAGAUGGGCCGGAUAUCGGCAUUUGACAUGGAUGGUGGUCUGAAAGGUCUUCAUGCGGUUUUGUUCAGUUUUGCCUAUGCUAUAUGUAAAUGUAUGGAAUCCAUGUUUUUAGGGCAUUUGAGUUUGUGUCAUUGGAAAGUGAUUAUGUUCUUAAUCAUAUUAAAUUAGUUCCUACUGGAUGCAAAAAUUGUUCGGUAAGGUUCUUGUCACCAACUAUUUGGAUCAAAUAGGCGAGUUAAUUGCGGUUUGUUUGG